AUGGAUCCCAGAAACCCAGCCUUAACCGAGCAUUCGCUCGACAACGCUGCUGGCCAGCCCUGUGAUGGGUGGAUCUCUCAUGGCGUAUGGCUUUCAGGGCCACCCUCCGAAUCAAUCACCGAUCGAAUGCUGACCGGUCCCUCUGAUAUGAGAAACGACAACGCCGCCCCUGGCAUGCGAAGGGCUCCGCCGCAUCUUUUCAUAAGCACAGCUCGACAACCUGGGUGCGAUGAAGUUUGCCACAACAUGCUGCAGGAUGGAAGCGAUCCUCUCUCCAUGAAGACCCGUGGAUAUUCGCCGCUGAUGGAGUCAAAUGUUCACUCAGUACCGCCUUCGUUUGGGGGUUCUUCUGCAAGUUCCCCCACUAAAAGUUCCAUGACGUAUUCCCCGUACGCCGGUGCGAUGACCGCUUCGCCGUUCCUGUCUAUAAGCACACCCGUCAUUUCACCGGGCGUGAGUGAGGGUAAUGGCGUGUCGUUUCAGCGAUCAACCCCACCUUCGCUGCCAGUGGGACUUUCCACCUUCGUGGCAUCACAGGGGAAUAGCAACUUUGUAAUGGUUACCCAGCCUAACACUCCUCAUACGCUGUAUGUUCAGGGUUCUUGCCCCGCUCCCGGUGGCGUUCCACACUACGUUGUCGCGCAGCCGCAGCUUUCCAUGGAUGUUUGUGGGGGCAUGACAUAUGUGCCAAUGACGCCAGCGCAGCAAACGUUUGGCACCGUGAUGGGCGAUCAGCUCACUGCGGUGACUCCGGGCCCCAACUCUGCUGCACCCUUUUCCCCCACCGUCACGUGCUUCCCCGUGUCUGUAUCUUCUUCAAGCCCGUUGGGGAAUGGGCUCCUGCAACCCAGCACACCAAUGAAUAGCUCGCCCCUCGCCGCUGCCUGCGCUGCUGCAGGUGUGGGGAGUCCACCCAGUUACGACUCACACCAGGUGCAGCAGAGUGGGCGCAAAGCAGCAGCCGGCCACCAACGCUCCAGCGUCAACGUUCAUGGAACACUUCAGGGAUUUUGCUUGUACCACUCUUACAACAUCUCGAAUACAAUUUCCCGCUACGGGCAAACCGACACCGUCUCGAAGGAGGAUGCGGGGCGGACCCUGCUUGUCUUUUUUCAGAUGUUUCCGUGCGAGCUACGUCAGCGCGCCGUUGUUGUUCUCAAUCGCGUUCUAGAGGUGGUGUGUGGUGAUGGCAUGGCGGUCGCUGAAAGCGUUGAGUGGCGCUCCGAGACAUCGUUUAUUGCACGUGUGAGGACGAAAGACAUAUGGACACUUAUCUACCAAGUGCGCUGCCGCGUACUCAUGGACAGACACGGUUUCUGGUACGCUGCCGACAGGGAGCAAUAUUCUCACUUAAGAAAGUACUGCGAGCGCGUCCGCAAUCUGCCGCAGCAAACACGCCACUCAGAGACUGAUGGGCUGCCGUGCAUGCCGCUCAUCGUCGAGCUAAGCCGCGGUGAAUUGAACCCUCCUCCCAGACCGCCAACUGUUCCCGAUUCUUUCGAUUGCAGUGAACCCAUGAUGACGGUAGAUCGACGUAGCCGUACUGCAGUGCCCACCGCCGCUGAGUUUGGGAGGUGUGGCAUAAGUGCUUGA